CUAGAAAAAAUAUAAUGGUAAUUUCCAACUAAUAGCAAAAAUGGAGAGGGAUAGUCCACUCCACUAUUUUGAUACAGAAACACAACAGACUGUCCCAUUCCCUCUCUUUCUCUUCGUUCUCUCCUACAAAGAAACCUAUCUCUUCUUCUUCUUCUUCUUCUUCUUCUUUGCCUUCAACCAUACUGUUUCACCACAAAAAUCAAAACCCCAUUUGCCCUAAUGGCCACUGUUCACCGGUGACCAUCUCUGUUUUCAUGGAUCCUGACCGCCAUUUUCGUACCACAAGCACCAACAGUACCAGUUCCACCGCCACCCCCUCCAGCGAGCUCUUCAUUUGCUUCACUUCUCGCUUCUCUUCUUCUUCCUCCAUGAAGAUCUCUUCCAAGUCCAUUCUCAGUCCUGGCCGUCACCGCGAACCCUCCCAAAUCUCCCUCUCUACUUCCCUCAGCCGCCGUCUCAAAUCCAGCGGUAGUCUCAAGGGCGGUCAAGCCUCCCCCAUGUUUCCCACGGGCAGGAAGAAGCGUGGCUGUGCUUUUGAUAAUCCCGAACCCUCUUCGCCCAAGGUUACUUGUAUUGGUCAGGUUAGGGUUAAGACGAAGAAGCAGGGGAAGAAGAUGAGGGCUAGAUCGCAGAAGCGGAGGACUAAUUCGGAGGCCAGUUUUCGGAGAUCGGAAAGUGUUGUUCAAUCGUCGCAGGUUAAUAGUAAUGACCAGCAAUUCUCGUCGCAUCAUAAUCAUCAUCUUCUUCGUCAGAACAGUAAUAGUAAUGCUGGAAAUGGUUUCCAGCAGGAAUGCUUAUCGCAUCGGAACCAGCGGUGGGUGCAUUUGCCGUUUACGAUUUGUGAGGCGCUUAGGGCUUUUGGUGCUGAACUCAACUGUUUCUUGCCGUGCCAUUCGUCUUGUUCUGGUAACAGGGAGAAUAAUAAGGAACCGAAGCCGGCAGAGAGGUCGUCGGAGAGUGAGAGUUCUUGUGGGACGGUGUUUGCGCGGUGGUUGGUGGCGGUGCAGGAUGGAGACGGGAAGGGGAGAGAGAUCGAGCUGGUGGUUGGAGAUGAAGAAACUCGAACGGAGAAGGAAAACGGAAGCCAGAGGCGGCAUGUUUUUGAGGGAUUAGACUUCAAAGAUAAGAAUGAAGCUGUGGAGGAGGAAGAAUCUAGGAUCAGCAUUUGCAUUCCGCCGAAGAAUGCUUUAUUGCUAAUGAGAUGUAGAUCUGAUCCGGUGAAAAUGGCGGAGCUAGCGAAACGAUUCUGCGAACCUCCUGCGCCAAAAGUGGAUGAAGAAGACGAGGAAGAAGGAGAAGAUGAAGACAAUGAAGCAAAAAAGAGAAAAAAUGAAGUGAAAAGAGAUGUAUCUGUGCCUGUGUCUUCCAUUAUUACUGUAAAUAAGGAAGAGGAAGAGGAAGAGGAAGAAGAAAAGGAAGAAGAUGAAAGAAAAGUGGAGCAGUUCGUUGUGAAGCUUGAAAACGAGGAAGAAGUGAAUGAAGAAAGUGUUUCUGAUGAAGAUAAAGAAAAGGAAGAAGCUAAUUUGGUUUUGCAGGAAGAACAACGAGAAGAAAAGGACAAUGAAGAAGAAACCAUAGAAAUGGCCACAGAAAACGACGAUGAGCAGAAACAAGACAUUACUGUUGUAAAUCAGCUUAAUCAAGAACAAGCAUUGGAAGAAAAAGAAGAGGAUAAAACCGAUCAAGUUAAUCAGCAAGAAACAAUGGCGAUUCCAAUUCCGAUUCAGACCCACUGUGAACCCGAAAUGGCUCAAGAUGCAGAGAAGCUGGAAUCGGUCGAAAAAGAGGAAUCCAAGCUAUCCCAUGAAAGCGAACAAGACCAGAAAACAGAAGAAGACGAAAUCCUCAGAGAAGAAAAGGAAGAAGAAGAAGAAGAAGAAGAAGAAGGCGAAAAUGGCGAAAACCCCACUUCACCAUCAUUAUCAGUAGAGACAAAACCAGUUUUAGACGAAACCGAAACUGAAGUUGAUGGGAAGAGAGAAGAAGAAGAAGAAGAAGAAGAAGAAGAAGAGAAAGCGACGGAUGAAGGCAUCGGACCCGACGACGAAAACAACGGCGCAUUGGUGGGUCCAGAGGAGGAGGACCAGUCAAAAGAGCGAGAAACUCCGCCGCCGGAACCGGAACCGGAACCGGAGGGAAAAACACAAACAGAAACAUCCGUUCUACCAGAUUGCUUGCUGUUAAUGAUGUACGAGCCAAAGCUAUCAAUGGAGGUAUCGAAGGAGACAUGGGUUUGCAGCGCAGACUUCAUAAGAUGCGUUCCGACCAGGGAGAAGAAAACGGUCGGCAGAGACCCGCCGCCGCCUCCCCCACCGAAGAAACGAGAAACGAAGCCAACGGACACUAUGCAGACGACAGUUGUUCAGCCGGCGAGAUGGUCGUGUUCGUUUCCAGCGGCAGCGGCUGCGGCGGCGAUGAUAGAACAGAAGCUAGCAAGGGCGAAGGGUUACGAGCCGUUUGUUCUCACUAGAUGCAAGUCGGAGCCGAUGAGAUCGUCGGCUAAGCUGGCGCCAGAUGCUUGCUUUUGGAAGGAUCGCAAGCUCGAGCCACACCGUCCGGCUACCUUCGGGGUCGGCGCGGCUGAAGUUGGAUUUUGACCAUUUCACCCUUCUCAACUCUUAAGGUAGAAAAAGAAAAAAAGGCUUAGAAAGAAAUAGGAAUUUGUAAAAAUAGUGUGGUAGCAAUUUGUAUUUUCCCAGGAAAAAAAAAGGUAUUUUGCCAUUGUAGGUUUUUGCAUAAUUCAUUCUGCCUUUUUGCAAUCA